GAUCCCGGCGAUUUACUAUACGAUUACUCGCAGUCGGGUUUGCGUUAGAUGUUUUUGUUCUGCUUAAAAAAAGAUUGCAGCCCGCUGCUGGCGCAAGGGUGGCUGGGAAUUGUAGUUGUCAGGCCGGCUGCGUGGUUGCCGGGAGGCGGCGGUGGGCCCGAAGCGCCGGGACGCGGGGUACUUUGCCCGAGGGUGGGCUCGUCGCCGUGUAUUUCGUUACUGAGGGCAAGAAUGUACCGUCGUGCGCCGUGAGUUGGGGAGCAUGGACCGGUUCGUAGUACGGGGCUGCACGGCGGGCCCAGCACAGCCCCAGCGCAAGGUUUACCGCCAGACCACUCUGGAGUCUUUGAAGAGGGUUGUAGUGAUUGAAGAUAUUAAGAGAUUUAAAUCCAUAUUGGAACUCCCUAAUCAAACAAAGGAAAACUUAAUUGAAGCAUUACUAGAACUAAAGAAGAAAAUACCCUCUCAGGAAGUACUACUCUCGACAAAAAUAGGUCACACUGUAAAUAGGAUGCGGAAAAAUUCAGACCCUGAAGUGGCUGAGCUUGCUAAAGUCAUUUUCAAAACCUGGAGGGACUUUAUAAAAGAAAAUAAAAAUAAACCAUCCAUCGAGGUGCGAUGUGAUUCUAAGACUGAGAGUCUCAGGAGUAAUGCUCGAAAACUGUUCACUGAAGUCUUGGAACUGGAGCAGGAACAUCCUCUGAUUGAAAACUUAGAGCGAGAAGUUUUUCAUCAGUGUUCCCGUUUGAUCAACAUUUCCUAUCGGAGGACAAUACGAGCGUUAGUCUUUACUUUAAAACACAAGCCAGAAGUCCGAGAGCAAGUUAAAACUUACAAGUUCCCAGUGAAGCAGCUUGUUGAAAGUCACAAGAAAUGUUGACAUUUUUUAAGAAGAAAAUAUAUACAUAAAUUGUGAACUUCCAGAACUGUUUUGCUUUUUUAAACCGUAAAUUAAUUUUCCUUUUGAAGCAAUGGCAAAGAAUGAACUGUGUAAAUACUUGUAUUUGUACCAAGCUGCCAGAGCAUUCUUUAGAUCUGAUUUAUGACUAUUAUAAAAAUGACAUUGCAUUGAUGAUACAGUUUUUGUAAAUAUUAAAAAUGUAUUUUACAAAUGGAACAAAUAAAUUUCAAUUUAUUCAACUCCUAGCAAGGAACGAGAAUAAUAACGUACCCAAGAAUCCUAGUUAGGAAUUGGAAAAUGUAUAAUGAAUAUAUAACUGAAUAGCAUUGCCCCUGAUUGGAGUUGGUGAUAAUUUGUUGGGUAGAAGAAACUGUUUGAUGCAAAUCAAUGUGUUUUUUUUUCUAUCAGGGCAGUUUGUUCUGUUCCAUCUUAUGAUACAGGGAUAUAAUAAACCUAAAUCGUAGAGGCAUAAGGAUCAGAAACAGGCCCCUAUGCCCACCAUGUCCAUACGCCCAUGAAGUACCUAUAUGUAUUCAUCCCAUUUACCAGCACUUGCUCUGUCAUCUUCUAUGUGCCUUGGUGAUUUAAUUCAAGUUUGUCCAGAUAAUUAAAAUGUUGUGAAUACCUGUCACCACCCACCACUCAGCUACUGUGAUCCAGAUUCCAACACCUCUGAGUAAAAAGAUUCCUCCUCAGAUCUCCUCUAAAUCUUUUGCCCCUUUCCCUAAACCUAUACCUUCUAGUUUUAGAUACUGAUUCUAUGGGGAAAAGUUUCUUAUUAUCCACCCUAUCAAUACCUCUCAUAAUUUUGUAUGCUUUAUCAGCUUCCUCUCUCAGCCUCCUCCACUCUUUAUUUUAAAGAAAAAGAAACCCAACCUAUCCAGUCUCUCCUCAUACCUGAAAUGUUCCAUCUCAGGCAACAGCCUGGUGAGUCUUUUCACUCUCUUCAGUGCAAUCAUGUCCUUCCUGUGUGCGGCAGCCAGAACCGUACACAGCACUCCAGCUUUGGCCUUCCCAAUGUUCUAUAAAGUUAUACCAUAACCUCCUUCAUGUUCUAUGCCUGGCUAAUGAAGGUGAAUCUCCCAUAUACCUUCUCCACCAUCUUAUCUCCCUUGCUGCCACCUUCAGUGAUCUCUAGAUUUGUACACAAAGUCCAUCUGUUCCACAGUAUUCUUUAAGGCUCCAACCUUAUUUGUCCUCCCAAAAUUCCAUCUGCCGUUGUUCUGUCCAUCUUAACAACUGAUCAGUAUCAUCCUACUGACUAUCCUCCACAAUAUCAACAACACCAAUUUUCAAGUCAUCUGCAAAUUUACUAAUCAUGUCUCCUAUAAUCAUAUACAGAUUACAAGAUUUGGGAUGUCAUGUUACAGUUGUACAAAACAUUGUUUCGAUCAUACUUGGGGUUUUGUGUGCAGUUCUGAUUGCCACACUAUAGGAAGGAUGUGAUUAAACUCGAAAGGAUGCAGAAAAGAUUCACAAGGAUAUUUCCUGGGCUAGAGGGGCUUGAAUUAUAAGGAGAGAAUAGAUAGGCUGAGGGGGUGACCUUGUAGAGGUUUAUAAAAUCAUGAGCAUAGAUCGGGUAGAUACAGUCUUUUUCCCGAGGUAGGGAACUAGAGUGAAUAAUUUUAUGAUGAGAGCAGAAAGAUUUAAAGGGGAUCUGAGGGGUAAGUUUUUCCACACACAGUGUGGUGGGUAUAUGGAAUGAGCUGCCAGAGGAAGUGGUAGACCUAGGUACAAUUGCAACAUUUAAAAGACAUUUGGACAGGUACGUGGAUAGGAUAGGUUUAGAAGGAUAUGAGCCAAAAGCAGGCAAAUGGGGCUGGCUUAGAUAGGCAUCUCGGUCAGCAUGGAUGGGUUGGGCUGAAAGGUCUGUUUCCGUGCUGCAUACUUCUAUGACUCUAUCACAAAAAGGCAGAAUAAAGUGGGUGUGUGUACUUCAGUGUUAUCUCCAAUAGAGAGGAAAAGAUUCAAGAAUGUGCUCAAAGCCUUCUUGAAGAAAUGCAACAUCCCCAUUGACCCGUGGGAAACCCUGACCUACGAAUACUAAAACUGGACAAGAGCAUUCAGAGAGGUAUUGACAAUCUUGAGUUCAUGCACUGGAGCACACAAAAGCCCUGCAUAAGUGACAGAAGGAGUGCACCACUUCACAAACCUCCCAGCCUCCUGCUACAUAUGCUGAAGAGUGCAGUUCCUACAGUGGGCUUGUCAGUCACUUCAGAACUCACAAAACCAAGGUGGAAGCAAGUCAUCCUUUUUCUUAUGGGAUUGCCUAAGAAAAAGAAAAAAAUCAAUUUCCAUUGUAAUGAAAUAUUUAGAUACAGUUUACAGCUAAAAAAGCUUUAUCACUAGUGGAUUGUGUACUGCAUUGCUUAAGUGUAUAACCAUCAUAUCAGUUUUACAGCAAAUUUUUAAAGUUUGGCCAACACAAAAUAGUUCAUGCUACAAUUUCAUUUUGAAGCUGCAUUAUGUUAAAUUAUGAUCAUUUGAACUACUAAUGGUAAAUCACUUUACUGAUAACAUUGUAUUUGGUCAUUACUAACGAUUAACAGACUAAAUUUCAU